AACUAAGUGGAAAUAUGAAAAGGAGAACAUCAAAGAAGGAGAUCUAGUUGUCGUAAAAAAUUGGCUUCGCAUGAAUGGAAGUUAGGUCGUAUCGAAAAAAACGUAUCCAGGCAGUGAUCAAAAUACCAGAUAUGGCCGCUUACUUGCCUAACCAGGACUGCCGUCUGGACGAUCGCAACCGUAACCAAGACUCACCUGCCCGUCCCACAGCAAGAAGCGCCAAUCGACCCAUAUGGCCAAUCCAUCGUCCCAGUUCCACAUCCCCUGAAAGACGUCAGCGAAGCCGAUCCGACGCCAGACCCCGCCAACGCCAUGAGAGACCAAGUUAUUGGCCAAUACUGAAAGACCCCACUAGAUGCUUCACGAGCUACGCCUUAGCUGACCCUGAUCCCAGAGGAAAUAGUCCGAUCGAUGUGGAACUGGGAGCGGACACGUACUCCGCCAUAAGGAAAGAUGGGUGUACAGCAGCAGGAAUUGGCGAUGUCCGGACCUACAAUACUCAACUGGGCUACGUGUUUGCUGGGCCAAUCAAGAAUAUGCCGAGGAACUGAAGAACGAGGAUUUUUUAUGGUAUAUUACAAAUGAUGUCGUUCGGGGCCCAGAAAAUGUUCAUAAAUUUACGCUAUUUUGCACAACACUGUUGGUUGGGUAUUUACCGGCGGCUGCAUAGAUUACAUCAAAACAAAAUGAUGUAAAUAACAUAUGCACCUACACACAUACAUUGAUGCAGCCACCGGUAAAUUCCAAUGCUUAAUUCCAAUAACUAAGCAUCGUCAACAGCCAAAACAGGUUUGAUGUGACGAUGUAAAUUGGACAAUAGUUAGUUCUCACCGAAUUUCACACGCGACCGCAAGUCUCAAGUUUUCCCCCCGAGUGAUAGUGCAAGUGUGAGUAAAAAAAAUCAAAAUAAUAAUAUUAAUUCUAAUAAAAAACAGAAACAUCAGACAGUGAAUUUACAACAUAAACAAGAACAUUAUACAUACAUAAUUUCAAAGAACAAAUAUUGCUAUUACAAAUAUACAAAUACAACAAAGAACGAAUAGAAGUGUACAAAACACAUAUAUAACAAACUUAAACUCUAGUGAAAUGAAAUUUAAGUGCUAAUUUAACUGAAUUAAAACUUAAGAAUUAUUAAAAAAACUACUUAAAAUAAACUAUGUAAAUUAAAUCUAUACUAAAAAGCUACAUUGCACUAAAACCCCCAUAAAGCAAAAGAAAAAGAAUUUUAAAUAAAAUCACGAAAAAAAAGAAAAACAAAAAAAUUUUUAUAAGCCUAAGAACAGAUCCUAUGAUAGCGUUGGAAAGACUACAAACCCACGUAGAUUUUCUUUACAAAAUGGAGAAUAUCCGUAAGUGCAAGCACUAUACAUUUCCUCUAAGUUACGAACAUUGUCCACAAUAAAAACCUUCAAUGUACAAGUUUCACAAGAUAUGCCGUAAAAUAACUGGUCAGGUCCAGACUUACGCGGAAACAACACACCGCGCCAUGAAACCAGAAAAAAACUAAAUGAAUUGGUUAUUUGUUCUUACACGUUCUUUUGUAAUAUUAGAAUAGAAAGUUCUUUCGUAUAAGAUUGCAAUCAAGAUGGUAUACAGCUAUUGAGCACAGCUAGUGCCUCUAAUGUUAAUAAAUUACAAAGAAACAGUCGAGUUAAAUGUGUAGUGAAGAAAUCUAUAACUAACCAAUCUAAUCAUUGUAUCCGUAAGUCCGUGAAUUACUCAAAUAUAAGUAUAUCUAAACGAAACUGAAUUACUCAUUAAAUUAAUUUAUUUAUUUAAUUAUUUUUAUUAAUUUAAAUGAAAGAGAAAAAAAUUAAACAUUAAAAAUAUAAGGUAAUUGUAUUUGCA